AUCCUAACAUUCAGGGGGGAGGGAGGGAGUAUGAGCUCUAAGCUGAUCCCACGUGUGACGAUCGCGUCCCCGGCUCGGUAAUAUUCUCUUAGCGGGGCUUCGCUUAGCUUUGCUGUGUUUCUGUGUGAGUGAGUGUGUGUGUGUGUUUGUUAGUAACUGGUUAGAGUUGGGUUAGAUAUGGAGGCAGACGGGAGCCAAGCCACCUCUGGAAGCCCGAAUGACUCACAACAUGACCCCGGUAAAAUGUUUAUCGGCGGCCUGAGCUGGCAGACCUCCCCAGACAGCCUUAGAGACUAUUUUAGCAAAUAUGGAGAAAUUAGAGAGUGCAUGGUAAUGCGAGACCCUACAACCAAACGCUCCAGAGGCUUCGGGUUCGUUACGUUUGCCGACCCUGCAAGUGUAGAUAAAGUGCUAGCUCAGCCCCAUCAUGAGUUAGAUUCCAAGACGAUUGACCCUAAAGUUGCAUUUCCCCGACGAGCACAGCCCAAGGACUGCGUGACAGAGGACCAGGGGCAGCUAUCCCCCCAGAUGGUUACACGAACAAAGAAAAUAUUUGUUGGGGGAUUAUCUGCUAACACAGUAGUGGAUGACGUAAAGCAAUACUUCGAGCAGUUUGGCAAGGUAGAAGAUGCCAUGCUUAUGUUUGACAAAACAACAAACAGGCAUAGAGGGUUUGGCUUUGUAACUUUUGAAAAUGAGGAUGUGGUGGAAAAAGUCUGUGAAAUUCAUUUCCAUGAAAUUAACAAUAAAAUGGUGGAAUGUAAGAAAGCUCAACCGAAAGAAGUAAUGUUCCCACCAGGAACGCGGGGACGGGCGAGAGGAUUACCGUACACGAUGGAUGCGUUUAUGCUGGGGAUGGGGAUGCUGGGUUACCCAAAUAUUGUAGCAACAUAUGGCCGAGGUUACCCUGGCUUUGCUCCAAGCUACAGCUAUCAGUUUCCUGCUGACAAAACGAUAUUAAACUGCAUUUUUCUUCAAAAUGGAGCACAGCAUAACAUAGCACUGUUACCAUACUUAAAUGCAAGCUUUCCAACGGCAGCCUACGGACCUGUAGCAGCAGCAGUGGCGGCAGCGAGAGGAUCAGGUAGGGGGGCACGUGGAAGAGGCGGCUACAUGGCAUACCCUCAGAAUGCAGGGGCAGGGUUCCUAGAUUAUGGGUACUAUCCAUCGCCCGAUGACCAACGGGCUUCGCUAUCGUUUGCGGAUUACGUGUCCAUGGUGCCUCAGGCUACCCAGAUGUUUCGUAACGAACAUGCUGCUUCAGCAAGUAACUCCCCCCUCCACCAUCUUCCUAGCCCGGAUCAGUUUAAGAGGCCAGUCUUGAAUAGCUACAGUGCUCAACCGAAUUUUGGCGCACCCGCUUCCCCAGCAGGCACCAAUCCAGGAAGGCCAGGAGGAUUUCCAGGGGCUAAUAGCCCAGGUCCAGUUGCAGACCUGUAUGGUACGGCCAGUCAAGAUUCGGGUGUCGGUAACUACAUAACUGCAGCCAGCCCUCAGCCAGGUUCGGGUUUUGGACAUGGAAUUGCUGGCCCACUGAUUGCAACGGCUUUUACAAAUGGAUACCACUGAAACGUUACCGGUAGUUGGUUGCCAUCUCACCUGGAGAGCAUGUCUGGAAGUCCAAGCAAGACUGGGCGAAGUUUCUAAAUGGUCCUGUUUUCAGAUGAUGCCCGACUUCAAGCAUUACAUCAUCACCAACUACAGAUGGGAAAAAAGUGGAGAUGGCACUCAGUGGACUCAGACCUUCUAUACUGCAUCAUCUCAUGAACCUGCUGUCCUAUAGUAACAUCUUUUGUUCUGCAACACUUUUUUCCUUUUAUUUUAAAUCACUAUGUUUUCAUAGCAUUUUAAGUACUCAUUUUUGUUUUAAGUCUUCGUGUAUUUUAAUUUAAGAUUAUCAUAGUGUAACUGUAACAUUAGUAUCCUUCUUUAACAAUCUUCGCUUUAGAAGGCUGAAAUAGUUCUAUAAUUUACAGACUUUGGUACCAAUUCUGAAACUGUAAAAUAAUAAAAUUUCAGGUGGAAUUUUAGCACACACACUGAAUUAGAAGUCUAGAAUGAGUUUUGAAGUAAAGUUCUGUUUUGUGUUAUAUAAAGUGAGAGGGUAGCUAACUAACACAUCUUAGCGGUUCUUUUUUGCGAUGUCUCAUUGUUAACCUGAUUAUAUCUAUUUUCGGCAAUAAGGGGAGGACUGCAAAAUUUUUUUCAGUCCUUGUUUUUCUAUAAGUGCUUUUUUGUUGACAAAGCUGAUAUUAUAAUGUUUUUUGAAAUUGUGAAUUCUGAAAAAGACUGUAAAUACUAUUCCAGUAACUAUGUUAUAAAAAUAUUAAGAAAGAGAGGUACAAAAUAUUUUUGAUGGAGUUAGUCUGAGGCAGUUCUCUACUGUACAAGGAUAAAAUGUUUUGAACUCCAGUCAAGUUUUGAGUAACUAACAUAGAUCAGACUGCCGGGGCUGCCCCAUAAUGGUUUAAAGUGACACUGUUUAGCUUGCUCGGUAGUUGCAUUAGGCCUAACAACUGUACUAGCGUCAUAUCAGCAUAUUAACUAGUUAAAGUCAUAUGUGCACAGCUUAAACAAAAGUGACAGUCUAGUUAUGUUUUUAAUUAUUUUUAAAGAUGUAAAAAACUGCUUUUCCCAGACUGAAAAAAUAUACAGUUUUAAUGUUUCUAUUUAAAAGGUUUGAGCGCACCUUUUUUUAGACUUCAUUUUAAAAUUAGGUCAUUAAUUAUUGUCCAUUCAUUUCAAUUGUUCUGUACAUCCUGAAAUCUUUUGAUAUAUAAAAACCUCCCUGUUAUUCUCUUCAUUGCGUAGUAUGCCAUAGGAAGGCAGUUUUUGAAGCUUGCGUACUUUUAAUCCAUUAUAUUCUGUAUUAAGAAAUUAGGAAAGCAAACUUUUUUAUGAAUACCUCAGUGCUAUAAGUUUCACCUUAGAAGAGUGGAAAGAUUAAUUUAUUGUAGAUGUAAACAGAGUUAAAUAAGAGAGUAUAAAACAUCAUUGCACUGUGACUGGUAGGGAAAACUGACAAUUUCCUAUUUGCACAUGUUUAAUAUUUGGCUGUUAUAUAUAUGGUCCUCUGCUAGGGGAGACUUAUGAAGGAUAUUUUUUAAUUUAAUUUUUUUAAUAUUGGUAAGUAGGCCUGCAACAGCAAAUAGAAAUACAACCAGCUAGAUGGCAUUAAGAACAUAUUGUUGGGUAUAUUUUCUUUUGAGGGGGGCAUAAUAUAUGCAUGCCAAGUUUUAUUAAUAUUUUUUUAAAUCUUUAAGUUUAUAAAUUUGGUACUUUAGGUACAGCCAAUGUAAGACACUGAAUGCGACAUUUAUUAAAAAAGAGCUGCUGCACUCCUAUUUUUGUAAACUUUACUAACAAGUAGACUGAUGUAGACAUACAGUAGAUAGAGCAAGACAUCUAAAAGAGACAAUGUAAUAUUAUUAUUUUUUUUGCUGUUCAUGUUUCUCUUCUGUAAUAUGUUUUGUUAUUUUGAGAACAACCAGGUUAAGCAAAAUGCUGGAUGCUUUUUAAAUAUGGCAAUUUGAUCAAGUAAUAAUUUUUAAGGAAAAGCAACGGUUCUUUCAAAACACAAACUCCUUGAGUCAGUAUAAAUGUAUGUGAGUGUGGUGCGGGUGUGCGUGUAUGUAUGUGUGUCUAUAUAUAUAUAUAUAUAUAUAUAUAUAUAUAUAUACACAUAGUCACACACAUACCCACACAUGCAUACAUAUAUGUGCAUCUCAGGGGGGGGGUUAUUAAUAUUUUAUUGAUGUUAAUAAUGUACUGUAUUUCUACUGUUUUCUCUCUUCAUUCCCUAUCACCUCAUAGAAUAUUCUUUGGUUGAUCAUUGUAUUUUAAUAGUGUGUAAAAUGGCUAUCUUGUAAGAGUGCUGUACUGAUGCUAGUGUAGUGAUUUUUUCCUUCUCUUUCUCUUCUAGUACAUAUUGAUAGGUGUAUUGUAAUUAAGGCUAAAAUAAUUAGAUGUAGUUACUCAGAUUUAGGACCAGUAAGGAUAGAACUUUCUCUUAUUUAAAAAAUACUAACAGUGAUAUUUUUGGGGCAGUUUUCGUUUCUUCUUCUUCUUUUUUUUUUUUCUUUAUUGCUAUAACGAUGUGGUUUCAACUAACCAAAGCUCUCAUGAUGUUAAAAUGCUGGCAAACUGUAAGGCAUUAUGUAGAUCCCCGCCCUUUUCUUUAAAAAAUAAAAGGGGUGUGCCAUACUACCUUAAAUGCUAAUGCUAGAUAUGCAAAACUGGAUUUUUGUUAUUAUUUUUUAAAAGAGGGAGGCACGAUGUAAUUAUUUAAAAAAAAAGAUGAUUUUAUUAAGAGAAAAUAUUUUUUUAAGAAAGCUCAGAAGAAACUGAUAAACUGUGUGAUAUGUUUUAAAUGUUUAUACACCUUUAAAAAGUCCCAGUGGCCCACAGCACAAUUAUUGUUGCAAACUGUUUAUUUUGAUGUGUCUGCCUAGAUUAAUGAUUGCUUUAGUUCUUACUCAUCUAGAACAUUGUUUUUUUUAAUGUGAUUUAUUUUGUUAUAAAAGAAUGAACUGACUGAAUCAUUAUUUUAAUCAAGCAAAGGAAUAUAUAUUACAGAAAUAUUUUGAACUCAUCAUGGUUUCCUGUAAGCAGACUUCAUGUUUAUAUGUAUCUGAUUUGGUUUGGGGCUAACUCUGGUACCAGAUGAGUUUGCCAUAAGAAAUUUCAUCAUGGUUAGAAAAAUGAUUAACAUUCAGAGGGAGGAAAAAUAUUUCCUAAUAUAAAUAGAUUUGGUCCAUUCCAGAAUUUGUGUGUGUACAUACAUAUACAUACACGCACAUAGAUACAUAUAUGCAUCUACGUAUGUGUAUAUACAAACACAUACACGUAUUAUAUAUAUAUGUAUAUGAUUUGUUUUGAAGUGUCUCAGACUCUGUGUGAUAAAGAUUAUAUUAUGUUUCUUGAAGUUUGUAUGAGUUGAUUAAAAUAAUGAUUUAGCUUUUCUUUUUAAAAUAGUCCACAAUGUUUAUUUUAAUUUGAAC